UCGAGGCAAAGUUUCAGUCAAUUUUGAGCAGGCAAGCCAAGCGGACGUAUAAGUAGAAACGAAAAAAAAACUAGCUCCAAACGUCUGGAAAAUAUUUAUUGAACAAGAGACUUGAGAGGAUUACGUACUUAAAGAAGUAGCACUCGCACCUCGCUAAAAACAAACGCAACAAAAUGUCAGCACGUCGCGUCACAUUGAACACACGCGUCUCGCGCGCCUCCACCUCCACGCCGGUGGGUGGGGCAUCCACCUCCUCAAGGGUGGGCGCCACCUCGCCCACUUCGCCCACACGCACCACCCGCAUGCAGGAGAAGGAGGAGCUGCAGCAUCUGAACGAUCGCCUGGCCUGCUACAUCGAUCGCAUGCGCAACCUGGAGAACGAGAACAGCCGGCUCACCCAGGAACUGAAUCUCGCCCAGGAUACCGUCAACAGGGAGACCUCCAACCUCAAGGCGGUUUAUGAAAAGGAACUGGCCGCCGCCCGAAAGCUGCUCGAUGAGACGGCCAAGGAGAAGGCCAAGCUGGAGAUCGAUAUCAAGCGGCUGUGGGAGGAGAACGACGACUUGAAGCCGAGACUCGAAAAGAAGACAAAGGAGGCCUCAGUGGCCGAGAACAAUGCCCGUCUGUAUGAGACUCGCUACAAUGAGGUCAAUGGCAAGUACAACCAGGCUUUGGCCGAUCGCAAGAAGUUCGAGGAUCAGUCAAAGGAACUGCAGUUGGAAAACGAUCGUCUGCGUCGCCAACUGGACGAUCUUCGCAAGCAGCUGGAGGCUGAGACCCUGGCCCGCGUCGACUUGGAGAACCAGAACCAGAGCCUGCGCGAGGAGCUGGCCUUCAAGGAUCAGGUGCACACCCAGGAGCUCACCGAGACCCGCUCGCGUCGCCAGAUCGAGAUCAGCGAGAUCGAUGGCCGCCUGUCGCGCCAAUACGAGGCCAAGUUGCAGCAAUCGCUGCAGGAGCUUCGCGAUCAGUACGAGGGCCAAAUGCGCGCCAAUCGCGAGGAGAUCGAGCUGCUGUACGACAACGAGAUCCAGAACCUCAAGGCGGCCGCCAACCGGGCAGCCCAGGGAUCCGCUCAUGCCACCGAGGAAGUGCGCCUCAUGCGCACCAAGAUCGAUGGCCUGAAUGCCAAGCUGCAGGACCUGGAGAACACCAAUGGGGCCUUGAAUUCUCGCAUUCGGGAGCUGGAGAACCUUUUGGACACGGAGCGCCAGCGGCACAACCAGUACAUUGCCUCUUUGGAGGCCGAACUGCAGCGCAUGCGCGACGAGAUGGCUCACCAGCUGCAGGAGUACCAGGAUCUGAUGGACAUCAAGGUGUCCCUGGACCUCGAGAUUGCCGCCUACGACAAGUUGCUGUGCGGUGAGGAGCGUCGCCUUAACAUUGAGUCACCCGGCCGUCCCACCGCCGACUCGGGAAUCUCCAGCAAUGGCAACUCCCAUCUGUCCGCUAGUGCCAGUUCUCGUUCGGGCAGGGUGACGCCCAGUGGUCGCCGCUCGGCCACCCCGGGAAUCUCUGGUUCCAGUGCCGUGAAGAGACGUCGCACUGUCAUCGAUGAGAGCGAGGAUCGCACGCUGUCCGAAUACUCGGUGAAUGCCGCUGCCAAGGGCGAUCUGGAGAUCAUCGAGGCGGAUGUGGAGGGACGCUUCAUCAAGCUGCACAACAAGGGCACCGAGGAGAUCAACCUUACUGGCUGGCAGCUAACCCGCAUUGCCGGCGACGAGGAGCUCGCAUUCAAGUUCUCGCGCGGAUCGAAGGUUCUCGGCGGAGCCAGCGUGACCAUUUGGUCGGUGGACGCCGGUACCGCCCACGAUCCUCCAAACAAUCUGGUGAUGAAGAAGAAGUGGCCGGUGGCCAACUCGAUGCGCUCGGUGCUGGCCAAUGCCGACAAAGAGGAUGUUGCCAGCUACGACCGUGUCCGUGCUAACGUUUCCAGCCACACCUCGCGGCAUCGCAGCAGCGGGACGCCCAGCUCAGGGUUUACCCUCGGUUCCGGAGCUGGCUCCACUGGCGUGAGGAGUCUCUUCUCCCUGCUCUUCUAGAAUUCGAAUCGGAUUGGCUUGCUUUCCAGACGGCUCUUAUCCUAACCAAACUCCCAACUCACCGCAGAGACUCACAGACUCCGAGCUGCACAUUCACCACAAACACAAUCACGUAGAUCUGAUAUAUGAUGUUAUAUCUAAGGAUAAAUGCCUAUCACAUAUCAAGCGGAAUGUGAAUUAUAUGUACAACAAACAACCUUCGUUCAACUCUUAAUGUUAAAUGUUUAAGUGCCCUUAGUUCAUGUCUUUGACUCUAUGCGUCGUCUCCUAUGCUUAAGUAAGAUUUUUUCACUACACACACUCUCUUUUUGUAAUUUAUAAUGAGAACAUGCAUUUCGCUAAAAAAAAAAUCAAAAAACAAACAAACAAACAAAU